AUGCAGGACGCAAGCCAUCAUCAUACACGCGACGGCCCGCAGCCGCGCAGCCGCUCCGAGCCGUCCGCCGCCGCCACGGAGCGCUACGCGUUCCCGCACGAGCCGUCCCGCGUCCCCAGGUGCUGCAACCACGCUCGGUUGCGCCUGCACGCCUACCGCAUCGUCGUCCGACCAGUCUCUUCUGCGUCGCCAGCGGGCGGCAAGCCGACGGUGCUGGUGGAUCGACGCGACGACGCCGGCGCGCGCAGCUACACGUUCGAUGGCUUCACGCUGCUGUCGCACGAGCCCAUCGAGCUCAGCGCACUGCCGCGGCUGCUCAUCCAGGGUCCGGCCGAGCAGGGCGCCACCACCACCAGCGGAGGCGGCCGCAGCGAAUACCACGCGCACCUCGAGCCGGAGGUCGAAGACGAGUUUGACCUUGAUCGACUGCUGCGCGGCGAAGGCGGCGGAAACGAUGACGGGAUCGACGCGCUCGACUGGUUCCACACCUUCUUCUUCGGGGCGGUCCUGCAGCUCGACGAUUUUCUCGACUACACGGCCGCGGGCGGCUGCCGGCGAUUCCACCUCUUCCCGCGGUUCGUGAGCACCGAACCACCGACGCGGCUGAUGAGCGCUGUCGGCCUGCGGCGCUGUAUCACCGAGAGCCGGGUCAGCGCGCUCGAGCUCAUACGGAGCAUGUCCAGCCGCAGUGGGAGGGAGGAGGCGAUCAGCGAGCGGCUGGUGGACCACAUACUCCUGGUGGUCGAUGGUACCGCGUUUCGCGCCGACGAUGUCGAUUUCUCAGAAUCGCCCGCUAUUCGAUUCAACUCGCCCACCAAGGGGCGGCUUUCCUAUCGACGGCACUGGGACGAAGAGCUGGGCGUCUCGGUGACGGACGACCAGCCGCUCAUCCACCAUUACCAGACCUACACAGACUCCGCUCCACACAUUACCGUGCGCGCAGACUCCAAGCGAUAUCGAGACAAAAGGAACACGCAAUCAGCCCCUGCGGCGGUCGCACUCGACGUCCAUCCGCCCACGGGCUUCCACCUGCGCCGCGGGAAAUGGCAGAAGCAGCCGCCCGAGGGCCACAACGCGACCCUUAUUCGCCUCGUCCCCGAACUCUGCGACUGGACGCCACUUACCGCCCACAUAUGUCACUUCGUGAAUGGCGGCGGAGUCGGGCAUGUGCUCAAUACGGUCGCGAGCCGAGUGGGCCGUCGCCGCCGUCGCCGGGAGGAAGGCGCGCAUCGGCGCUGUGCGUCGCCCGGAGCGGGCGCCAUCGCCCCGCGCGAGGGCGAAGUGCACCUCCCCAGCGUCAUCCAGUACAGUCCCAUCGAACACAACCAGCGCCUCGAGUACCUGGGCGACGCCGUCCUCGAGUUCAUCUGCAGCGCCCACCUCUUUACUCAGUUGCCGCAGCACGACGAGGGACCGCUGUCGCAGUAUCGGUCGGGGCUCGUCAACAACCGGUUUCUGGCGUACCUCACCCAGAGACUGCAUCUCGACGAACAGCUGUGCUACGCCGACGUGGCCGAGCUGACCCAAGGCGGCAAAGAAGGCAGGCGGAACAUGCUCGCCGACUCCUUCGAGGCGCUCAUUGGAGCGCUAUAUCUCGACCAGGGGCUGGAGGCGUGCCGCGAGUUCUUCGCCGGCUGUUUGUUUUCGGAGUCCGAGGCCGACCUCCGCCGCAUGUGGCUUCAACCUUGCGCCCACCCGCUACAGGAAGGACCAUCGGAUCGGCAUCUCAUUGAGGCAUCGCCCAUCAUGAAGGGCUACACCAAGCUCGAGGAGCAAACCGGCAUCGAGUUCAAGCACAUUCGGUUACUCGUGCAGGCCUUCACGCACUCGUCUCUGACCGACGACUGCGACACGCUCAAGCUGGGCACCAGCCAGCGCCUCGAGUUCUUGGGCGACGCCGUGCUGCAGUACGUCGUGACCGCCUGUCUCUACGCCCACUACCCCGACCAAAACGAGGGCCAACUCACGCAAUACCGAGUUGCGCUGGUGAACAACCAAGUGCUGGGGCGCAUCGGAAAGGACCUGGGCUUCGGGCCCUUCAUCCGCUACCUGCCGAGCACCAAGGAGCAGACCGGCGUCACCGACAGCAUGAUCGCCGACUGCGUCGAGGCGUUCAUUGGUGCGCUGUUCCUGGAAAAGGGCCUGGAGGUGGUCGAGGCGUUCGUGCGCGUGGUGUUCCUCCCGCGUCUUGAGGACAUGCUCGCCACCCGGCAGUACCUCGACCCCAAGUCCCGCCUCUCCCAGCGCCACCGAUCAGCUCCCCCCACCUACACGUUGCUGAGCGAAACGGGACCGGCGCACAUGCGUAAGUUCGUGGUGGGGGUCACGGUGCGUGGCCGGCUCAAGGGCAAGGGCAGCGGCUACACCCGCGUCAGCGCCGAACAGAAUGCGGCCAACGACGCGCUUAGCCGGGACUGA